CCAAAAUAUGACGGCCUACAACGACCUGCUCGCGCUGAGCGACCUCCUGCGCCACGACAACGACGCCGACGACGACGAGCGCUGUGAUAAGCACCCGUCCGUGACGCCGUCGACGAUCGCGGCCCACGCACUGCCACGAGAUGCCAUGCUUCGGCCCAUUGGCCAGAUCAAGCAGAAGGACCCGAAAGCCAUCUGGGACGACGACGAGGUCUUGAGCGAUGCGGAAGACGAUGAUGAUGGCGAUGCUCGCAAGCGCCCAAGGCACGAGAUACUGUACAAGCAAGACGUCAUGACAGAAGACGUGUUUUUGGGCCUCGGCGACAAGGAUCCGUCGACGGCCCACUGCGACGCCAUCGUGGUCAAGAUCCAAUUUCCAGGUCACAAGCGUCGCGAAAUCGACCUCGACGUCAAGGCCCAAAAGCUUGUGGCCCAGUCGUCGAAGCUAAAGCUCUCGACCUACCUUCCCCACCCUGUCAAGUACAAGGAGGGAAAAGCGCAGUGGGACGGCAAGACGGAAACGCUGCUCGUGACGCUCCCCAUCAUCCGUGACAACGAGUGGUAAAUUCAAUUUCAAAAGAUAGCAAUGUGCCCUUCUCGUA